AUGGCCACACGGCCAACGCCGGGGUCGCGAGACGGCAGCAGCGCACGCCCAAGAAGCACGAGCGGCAGACCCACCACGUCGUCGAGCGCGCGCCCGGCCAGCUCCGACCCCACCUCCUGCCGACGCGCACGCGCCUCCCUCAGCCCCUCCCCGGCGUCGGAGUCGGACAAGCCGGUGCCGUCCUUCCUCCGCCCCACCGUCAGCUCGACCCUGCGCAGCGCCUCCCCGUCGUCCUCCACCUCCAGACCGCCCUCCUCCAAGGGCCGCGCCACCACGCCCAAGGGGCUGUCCCCGGCGCACCCAGCGGCGCGCGCUCCAAGUCCGAUCGCGCCGAAGCGGUCCCCCGCGCAGCAGCCCUCGAGCUCGUCGCGGCCGAUCACGCCCAAGCGGCCCCCCGCGCAGCCGGUGAACGCGCCGCGGCCGAUCACCCCGGCCAUGGACAAGUCCAAGGGCAAGGCGCCCACGUCGCGGUGGUCCGUGGCGUCGCCGAGGCAGCUGAUGCAGAAGGCGUCCCACGCCUUCAAGGUCGGCAGGUCCCGCAGCAAGAAGAGCAAGGACCUGGCCGGCCCCGCGGCCGAGGCGGUGGCGUCCGUGAAGGAGACGCCCGGUGCUUCCGGCGAGAUCAACGCCGAGGCGGCGAGACCCCCUCCCGUGCCUGAGCAGCAGCGCCGCCCCGCUGAAAUGACUGCCGCGACACCUCUCGACGUCGUGCAAUCAGAGGUGGUCGUGGAGCCCAACGCUGCCAUGAAGUUACAGGAGGAAGCGACCUCGCGACCGGGCGAAAUUGUCAGUAAUGAAAUCAAGACAGAGGAGGAGACGCGUCAAGAGGAGCAGGUAAUCCCAGAAGAGCCGAGAGCAGAAGCAGAGAAGGCGAAUGCCAUUGACGAGGAGAAGGCCGUGAUACCGAAGGAGUCCGUGGAAGCCGUGAAGGUGGAUGAGCCGGCGCCGGAAGAGAAUCCGCAAGCCGGCAACGUUGAAGGGGCACAAAAGGAAGCUGAGAAGAUUACACAGGAUGAACCUCCGCCGCCGGCCGCCGUUGUGGAAGAACCAACGAAGGAGGCAGCAACGCCGCUGAACGUGCUGCAAGAUGAACCAGCGGCCAGCCCGGUUCAAGAGGAAGCCGUCGUGGAGAGCAAAGCCGAGGAGAGGCCACAAGCAGAGCCGGCGAAGCACGAAGAUGCCAUGAAGCAACCUGAAACAAGUCUGAUCUCUGAAGAACCGAAAGAGCAAUCCGCCGCCACGCAGAAGCAGGCGGAGGCCGCCGAGGAACCCAAGAUGAUCGCUGCAUCCAAGGCAUCAUCGGUGCCGGCGACGUCGCUGGAAGAAGCUCUGGAGGAAGUGGACACGGUGACCAAGGUGGGCACUUCGCGAUCAGAGCCCGUGACACCGGCGAAGCAAGCCAUCAACAAGGACAAGGCGGUGAUCGACACGAUCCUGAGCGCUUCGGAGCCAACGACGCCGUUGAGAGGAGCCGCUAAGAAGGAAGGGGCGACGUCCUUCAUGGGGAAGAUUCCGGAGGAGGGUCGGAUGAGUUUCAAGGGGAGCAGGGUAAAGACGGCGAUGGAGAAGCGGCCGGAGGAGGCGCAUCCCAAGAAGAAGGAGGUGUCGCGGAGCAACGACGUGCUGGAGGAGACCAAGAGCAAGCUGCUGGAGAAGAAGAAGAGCAAGGUGAAGGCGCUGGUGGGGGCGUUCGAGGUCGUCAUGGACAGCCCCCGCGCGUCCACGCCGGGCCCGGGCAGAUCGGGCCCGAGGUUCUGA